AGCAGUGUGGUGAGCCGAGUGAUGGGCAGCACAAACGACUUGACAACAACAGCACCAGACGGUGGGUACGACAACUACAAUCCCUAUGAAGAACUCUAUCAACCAAGCCACAAUGACGACGGUGAUUCCAACGUACCGUAUGACCCUGCGCAUCCUUAUCAGCUGUACGCCAGCAACUUCCCCAACAUCAAAAACAUAAAAAACGCUAAGAUACCGGGGUCAGAGAGCGGCAAGCCGAUUUUCAGUGAAAUAAACUCGGAUGAAAGCGUAACCUCAGAUGACAUAAACAGUGGCCAUCGCGACGAAGAAAAACCAGAGCCCCAACCUGUGACUGAAGUCUACGGGGACAUGCUGCCACAUUUCGACUCAAGUAAUUUUAUUUCUUCUAACACGGAAAAGAGCACCACCGAUAAGAAGAGCGUUCUUGCGAAGAAUAAAUACUUCAAAAGGAAGCUUAAGUUAACUGAAAACGAUGAAAAACGACUCUUGGAUGAACUGAUGUGGGGCUACGAUCGUAAUGUUAGACCUGUGCUGAACGCCUCGCACGCCGUGGUCAUACAGCUCGGCAUCACACUCACUCAGAUCUUUGAUAUGGAUGAAAAGAACCAAGUACUCACCACCAACGUCUGGCUCGACCAGGAAUGGGUUGACCAACUGCUGUCCUGGGAUCCUGCGGACUACAACGGGCUGGAGACCGUCCGUCUUCCGUGCGAGCGGAUUUGGCUACCAGAUAUCGUUCUCUACAACAACGCGGACGACUACACGCGCGGCUACAUGAACAGCAAGGCGAUGGUGAGUCACAACGGUAAGGUCUUCUGGCCUCCACCCACCAAGUUCCGCUCCACCUGCCCUGUCGACGUCACGUACUUCCCCUUCGAUGAUCAGACCUGCAUUCUCAAGCUCGGGUCAUGGAUCUACGAUGGAUUCCAGGUUGAUGUCACCAACCGCACCGCUGACGUCGACCUCACAAACUACAUCUCUAACGGCGAGUGGGAGCUGCUCGAGGCUAGGAUCAUCAGAAAUGUUAUCUACUACUCCUGCUGUCCUGAACCCUUCCCUGAUGUCACCAUCACCAUCACCAUCAGACGCAAGACGCUGUACUACAUGUACAACGUUGUGCUGCCGUGCAUGAUGAUGUCGGUGCUGACGCUGCUGGUGUUCUGCCUGCCCCCGGACUCUGGCGAGAAGAUUGCCUUGGGCGUCACGGUGCUGCUCGCCUUCAGCGUCUUCAUGCUCGCCAUUGCCGAAAAAAUGCCAGAGACCUCAGAGUCUAUCCCACUCAUUGGGAUCUACCUGACUGCCGUUAUGACCAUCACUUCCAUCUCCAUCAUCAUGACGGUGAUUGUGUUGAACUGCCACUACCGUGGCCCCAUUCAGAAGGAAGUCUCGCCCUGGAUGAGGAGAAUAUUCCUGGAUUCUGGCCUGGUCGAGAAGUGCCGCAGCUUUACCAGAAACAGCCAUACCAGCUCCAACAACAACCAGAGCUCCACUAAAGAGACUCUGACGUCACCCAACGACUCUCACUCUUUCUUCGGCUUGAAGUGGAGGAACAGGUCCUUGGCCAAACCCAAAGAACCCGAUGAGAAUAAUGCGAGCGGCCGACACAGCAACUCGAACAACGUGGCUCCGCCUAAAGUAAUGACUUCUUCCUUCCUGGGAGACUUCACCAACAACAUCGCUAAAGACCAUACUCUCAAAGCCGACACAAUCCACCUGACGGUGGAAGGCGUCCACGAAGACGGACGCACCGACGGCUUCGUGGCGGUUGACGCGUCUAGUGUGGAAGACCUAAACUAUGGAUGGCGCGAGUACAACGAUUCCAACUCCUUCCGCAGAACCAACUCCAUCAGCCACAGCCCCGUCGUGGCGGGAGGUUGUCGCCUACAGGAGGAGAUCCUCAUGGCGCUAAGGGCGUUGCUGAGCCGACAGCUGCGUCAGGACACGGACCUGAAGCGUCUCAACGAGUGGAGGACAGUGGCCAUCGCAGUGGACAGAAUCCUCUUCUGGGUCUUCUUCGUGGUCACCACCGUGAGCUCGGUCGUAUUCCUGCUCGUCUUGCCCCUCGUCAAGAGAGCAGAGUACGUUAGAAGUACUUGAGGUCUUACUUGCUCUUCGAUAUUCUUAUGUACAGAACGGGAAAUUUUCUAGCUCUCCUGCUGGUUGAUGUGAUCAACUGUUGAAGAGGAGUUUUUGAAGGAUGAAAUGUUAACCUUGUAUAUAUUUAAUUGCCCAGCGAAUUUUUUUCUGAAAAAGUGGCAUUUUAAAGUGCUUUGAAAGUGAAGAAAUGGUUUUUGAAAUUUUAUACGGUUGAGAAAACUGAAGGCGAUUUAUCCGCGAAGGAACUUGUUAUUGUUGAGGUGAAUGUUUGAAGUUUGUCGAAGCUUUUAGUCCUGAGCUGAGGUGCGGGAGGGAAAAUGAGAUCAUUUAAAUAAGAAGUACAGCUUUUUCCGCCGAUUAGUUUUGCUGCUGUCAGAUGGCAUUUUUAAGCAACUGAAGGGAGAUAAAAACUGUUCGUAUAGUGGUCUCUUUUAAUGCUGAAUGCUUCACCAUUGUCCAUUUAUUUAAUCAUUACUGAAGAAUAAAUAAAAUGAUUAUUAAUGUACAAUAAAUAUGCAUAGGAUGGGACAGCUCUUGUUGAAAUAAGUCAAGUUUAAAUGGAAAAGAAAUGUUCAUUUACUACAGAUUUUCAAAGUUCCUAGCAACAUUUACUUCAAUCGAUUCUUGUUCAGAAAAGAGAUCGCGGAAAACCGUGAAUUUAGUAUUAGAUUAGAUUUUCUCCGAGACAAAUAAUUAUCAGUAUAAAUAAACUGGCGUGCUUCCAGGGAACGACAUUGACCGCUUGCUGUGCACCCGCAUAUUCCAAAGCUCACCGUUUAAGA